UGCUCCUUCUCUUUUGAUUUCUUUUCUGGUGCAGGUGUCUCCAAGAGGUAUACUAUAUAAUAUUCUUUAGAAGCAACAAACAUGUCUGGCGAAAAAAAGCUCCAAUCCAACUUCUGGACUGAUUUCCUUAUGGGUGGUAUCUCCGCCGCAGUCUCCAAGACUGCUGCUGCACCAAUCGAAAGAGUCAAGCUUUUGAUCCAAAACCAAGAUGAGAUGCUCAAGCAAGGCAGAUUGGCCAAGAGAUACGAAGGUAUCGGCGAAUGUUUCUCCAGAACCGCCAAGGAAGAAGGUAUUGUUUCCUUCUGGAGAGGUAACACCGCUAACGUCAUCAGAUACUUCCCAACCCAAGCUUUGAACUUCGCCUUCAAGGACAAGUUCAAGAAGAUGUUCGGUUUCAAGAAGGACGAAGGUUACUGGAAGUGGUUCGCAGGUAACUUGGCUUCUGGUGGUUUGGCCGGUGGUACUUCUUUGUUCUUUGUCUACUCCUUGGACUAUGCUAGAACUAGAUUGGCCAACGACGCCAAGGCUUCCAAGGGUAACGGUGAAAGACAAUUCAACGGUUUGUUCGAUGUCUACAAGAAGACCUUAGCUUCCGACGGUAUUGCUGGUUUGUACAGAGGUUUCUUGCCAUCUGUUGUUGGUAUUGUUGUCUACAGAGGUUUGUACUUCGGUUUGUUCGACUCCUUGAAGCCAGUUAUUUUGGUUGGCUCUUUGGAAACCAACUUCUUGGCUGCCUUCUUGUUAGGUUGGGCUGUCACCACUGGUGCUUCUACCGCUUCCUACCCAUUGGAUACCGUUAGAAGAAGAAUGAUGAUGACUUCUGGUCAAGCUGUCAAAUACAAGGGUGCUUUCGACGCUUUCUCCCAAAUUGUCGCCAAGGAAGGUAUCAAGUCCUUGUUCAAGGGUUGUGGUGCUAACAUCCUGAGAGGUGUUGCCGGUGCCGGUGUCAUUUCCAUGUACGAUCAAUUACAAAUCAUCUUGUUCGGUAAGAAGUUCUAAUAAGCAACUUAACUGAGUGUUGAUUUUAUUGACUCUUUUGUCUAAUAUCAUCUGUCUGUUUAAGUUAUUUAUUCCAUUUCUUUUAUUAUUAUUAUUUAUUAUAUAAGUAUUUGUUUAUAUAUUUUGCUUGAUAAUAUCCUAAUGAAUAUUUAUUAUGAAUUAAAAUUUUCGGUUCUUGAAG